CCGAAAGAGGAAGCUGCAGUCGAAGCUGAGCAACAACAACCAGACGUAAACGAGCAGGAACAACCGGAAGGGGACCCAGAAGAAGCCAACAAUGAAGCUGAAGAAGGCGAACAGCAACCAGAACAAGAAGAGGAUCAUCCAGAUGAGGCAGAGGGUCCGGACCCACAGCAACCAGACGUGGACGAGUCUGAACAACCGGAGGAAGAGCCCGAAAACCCCGAUCAUGAAGCAGAAGAAGGCGAUCAUCAGCCAGAGCAGGAAGAAGAAGAUCAUCCACAUGAAGGAGAGGAUCCGGACCAUUCUCAAGAAGGCGAACAUGAGGAACCAGAUCACGAGAGUCAACCAGACCAUGGCAACGAUGAGCAGAAACCUCCUCAGCCCGACGAAGAUCAUGAGGAUCAACCAAAUCACGGAAACGACCAUGAACAACCCGGAAACGACCAUGAACAUCAGUCUUCGCAGGAGGACCCCGAAGAACACGGCAAAGGAACGCAACCACCACCACAGGGUGGCCAGGAAGGACAACGACCCCCUCACGGGCAUGGUCAGAAGCCACCGCAGGGUGGCCAAGGACAGCAGGAUCCUCCCCAAGGUUCAAAUCAACCCCAGGAUCAGCCAGCCCGUGAUGGUCCGCACAUUGCAAAUGUGAACAUGGUCAUAAUCGUGUGAUGAGCAAAUUCCUGAAUUCGUGCUUUCCAUUUCAUUAGGGCACAAAACUUUUGUAAACAAGAGUGUAUCCCUCUCACACCUUAUGCAAACUGUCAUUUGAGUGAAAGGGAUUCGCUAUUGUUAACAAUAGUUGUGUGCCCUUUUGAAAUGUAAGGCUCCAACUUGUCUUCGAUCAACGAUGUCUCUGAAAUACAAAUUUCAGAAUGAAAAUAAAAUAAAUAUUUAUUUGAAAAAAAAAA